UUUAGGUAGAUAUUUUGCGAGGAUCCAAAGAAGAUAAUUAGCUGAUCGAAAGACGAUAUCAAACUCUGAGGUUACAUCACGACAUUUUAUCCAAACGGGAACACAUGCCAGAGCAAUGUUGAGAAACUAGAGCACAAAGCUGCACCCCCAGCGACACCACAUAAAUUCAGAUGAUGGACUAUAGCAAAAACUGGUAGGACCUGAUCCCUCGACGAAAUGCUGCCCAACGAGCCACAGUUUAUAAGACUACAAGCAUUGUCUGCAUCUAAAUGAGAUUCCGGGGUGGAAAUGUUACUAAAGGGAAACAUGGGGAGAGGCGUGGCAUUGUGCCUUUUACUGUUGGCUCUGAUACAUGCAGCCAGAAGCCAGAGAAGAAGAAAGACAGGACAGAGGAACAACUACAGCCUACUCGGCAAUGAAGGAAAUGAUGUGACAUGUUCUCUGGAGGUGGCUUUCGUCCUGGACAGCUCAGAGAGUGCAAAAACAUUCCUGUUUGAGAAGCAGAAGGCAUUUGUGUUGCACUUCAGCACCCGCCUCUCCAUGCUCCAGGUUGCUGGCUGGACAAUGAAGGUUCGAAUGGCCGCUCUUCAGUAUAGUAGCUCUGUGUCCAUAGAGCAUAGAUUCUCUGAAUGGCAGGACCUGGAUGUAUUCCACAAUAAAGUCAGUUCCAUGAUCUACAUCGGCCAUGGCACAUACUCCACCUAUGCCAUCACCAAUGCCACACAGCUGCUGGUGCAGGAAACCCCAGCGGAUAGUGUCCGAAUUGUGGUGCUUAUGACCGAUGGAGUUGAUCAUCCCCGUAACCCAGACAUUAUUUCAGCGGCAGCAGAAGCCAAGGGUUAUGGAAUCCAUCUCUUUGCUAUUGGGUUGUCAGACAUCGCCGAGCAGAGUCAAAACAAAGCCAAGCUCCGGGCCAUAGCCAGCACACCUGCUCAGCAGUUUGUCCAAAGUCUCGCAGAUCCCAAGCUCGAGGAGAGACUACUCAAAGAAAUGGGUGCUGUUACAAUCGAAGUGUGUCCACAGGCCCAAGUGUGUUUGUGUGAAAGAGGAGAAAGGGGCACCCCUGGAGGUCCAGGUAUAAAAGGGGACCCAGGCUCCAGAGGGUCACCUGGUCCAAAAGGAGCAAGGGGAGAGCCUGGCCUUGAUGGUCGACCCGGGAAUGAAGGUUUGGAGGGCCGUCCAGGUUUUAAAGGCAAUAAGGGAGAGAGAGGCGACUGUGGCACACCUGGAGAUAAGGGUGACAUUGGCCCAGAGGGACAAUCAGGGCUACGAGGGCCUAGAGGAGAGCAGGGUACCAAAGGACCACCAGGAGACUUUGGACCUGAAGGCCCAACAGGACCUAAAGGAGACAGAGGACCCACCGGUGCUCCUGGAAUAGCCGGGGACAUUGGCAUCGGAUUUCCAGGAUCCAAGGGAGAAAAAGGUAUUCAGGGAAAGCCAGGUCCUGCAGGUCCAUUUGGAAUAGGAGAGCCUGGAUUGUCUGGUCCUUCAGGUCCACCUGGAGCACAGGGGAGUCCUGGACCAUCUGGAGAAGGGCCUCCAGGGCCAAAGGGUGACAGAGGGUUCGAGGGUCCUAGGGGUAACCGUGGUCUUCCAGGUGCUGGGGUCAAAGGUGACAAGGGUAGUCUUGGCCCCCCUGGGAUACCAGGGUCAGUUGGUUCUCCUGGACAAGGACUUCAAGGAGAAAAGGGUGAUCAAGGUCCAGUUGGACCAGCAGGACCAAGAGGAGCUCCAGGUUUAGGAAUAAUGGGACCAAAGGGAAAUCAAGGGUUCACGGGGGAGCCUGGACGGACAGGGGCGAGAGGCCGAGGAGAACCAGGACCAAAAGGUGACCCCGGUGCUGAGGGACUGCCUGGUAUCCCAGGUACCGUUGGAGAGGACGGAGCCCAGGGACAAAAGGGUGACAUAGGGUUACCAGGGUUCAGGGGCGCAGAUGGUGCUCCAGGAAAAGGUGUCCCUGGAGAGAAGGGAGACAGGGGGGAGAGAGGGUCCAGAGGCCAGCCAGGGGCAGUCGGGCCUGUGGGACCAAUGGGACCCAAGGGAGAACCAGGAAAUGUUGGGCCACUAGGUGCAACUGGACCACCAGGACGGGGCAUACCGGGUGCCAAAGGCGAUCCAGGUCCAGGAGGCCAACCUGGAGCAGUAGGUGAACCUGGGAUAGGCAUAGCUGGGCCCAAGGGUGACAGAGGGUCACCCGGACCUGCUGGACAACCUGGGCUAAAAGGCGAAGGCCAACCUGGCGCUCCAGGACCUCCAGGGCCACUAGGAGUACCAGGGGAACUUGGACCAGAGGGCAAAGGUUUACCCGGACCCAAGGGGGACCGAGGCUUGCCUGGACCCACUGGACCAGCUGGGCCACCAGGAAUUGGGCAGAUUGGUCCAAAAGGUUCGGCUGGUCAGAUAGGACCACUUGGUCCACAAGGAUUACCCGGAGAGGGCAUUCAAGGACAAAAGGGGGAGUCUGGCUUUCAGGGGAUCCCAGGCCCCAGAGGUCCUCCUGGUCAAGGUCUUCAGGGGGACAAGGGGGACCGAGGGCUCAGAGGAGAAAAAGGCAAAAAAGGAGACGGAGGAGACCCUGGAGAGCCGGGAGCUCUUGGAACUUUGGGUAGAGCAGGACAGAAGGGAGAGCCAGGACUUACAAGGGAAGAAAUCAUCAAAAUUGUGCGAUCAAUAUGUAGUUGUGGGGUGAAGUGUCGCCAGAGCCCGCUGGAGCUAGUCUUUGUGAUUGACAGCUCCGAGAGCGUGGGUCCUGACAACUUCAACGUGGUCAAAGACUUUGUGAACGCCCUCGUCGACCGUGCCUCGGUCAGCCGGGACACUACCCGUGUCGGGGUGGUCCUCUACAGCCACAUCAACGUGGUGGUGGUCGGUCUCGGCCAAGAGUCUACCCGCGACCAGAUCAAGGCUGCGGUGCAAUCCAUGACCUACCUGGGUGAGGGCACCUUCACAGGCAGCGCCAUCCAACAGACCAACCAGGUGUUCAGGGCAGCGCGGGCAGGUGUGAGGAAGGUGGCCAUCGUCAUCACAGAUGGCCAGGCGGACGAGAGGGACUCGGUGAGUCUGGAGGGCGCGGUGAAGGCGGUGCAUGGCAGUGACAUUGAGAUGUUUGUGAUCGGGGUGGUGAACCAGAGUGACCCGCUGUAUGAGGAGUUCAUAAAGGAGCUCUACCUCAUCGCCUCUGACCCGGACGGGGAACACGUCUACUUAAUUGAUGACUUCAGGACGCUUCCAGCUCUGGAGAGCAAACUGUUGAGUCGUAUCUGUGAGAAUGGGGAGAGACCUUUGUUUAGCUCCAUACCCAGCUCUAGACUGGCUCCGGGAACCCCUGAAGUUGCCGGCAGUGUCCGGGAACCCCCCUACAGGACUGAUACAGACGCACCCAUUUUCACUGGAGACCACAGGAGAACACAUACGAUGCCUGGCCCUCCAGCGUUGCGCCCUGACAGAGAACCCGUCAUUGCACAGCGACCCAAGCCGGAUGAGAGAUCCACCAUGGAAACCCUGAGAGUCCCCUCCUUUGACAGGGAGCCCUUUAUACCUCUGAAAGAGUUUCUUCUGCCCGCUGAGGUGAAGAUGCCUACCAACAGCAAGGUGAUGAACGGACACACUGGACCGGAGGGCCCCACUCCGAAACCAUCGACCCGUUACAGGACACCACAGCCACCCCCACCGACUCCUUCAAAGCUGCCUUUGGACACGUCCACGCCAGAGCGCUGUAGCCAAACUCUGGAUCCGGGACCCUGCAGGAACUAUGUGGUGAAGUGGUAUUAUGAUACUGUAGCUAAUGCCUGUGCCCAGUUCUGGUUUGGGGGCUGUCUAGGAAACAGCAAUCAGUUUGCAACAGAAAAGAGCUGCAAAGAAACCUGUGUCAAGAUCUAAAACACACACACACACACACAUCUGUAUAAUGUGCUCCAAUUUACUGUAAGCUCUCAUAAAUCAGUGUUUUGAGUUCCACUGUGAGUUCAUUAUGACACUUUAACUGCAUUUUCAUUUUAUUUCUUCGUUUACAAAAGGCGGGUAAAAUAAAGAGCUAAUGUUGUUGCCUUUGUUAGUUGCCAUUAUUAGGGUGAACGAACCAAAGACAUAAAGGGAUACAAGAAUAUGUAUAAUGAGAAAAUUAUAUUGCAGGGAUGACUAAAAUAUAGCUUACCUUUCUACGAAACAAAUUCAGCUACCGAUUUAUUGAACCAACCUGCACAAGAAAUGGCUUGUAGUCUUAGGGACAGUGGCAACAUUAGUGCAGACCAUAAGGAUUUAUGUCAUGCUACUUACACACUGUUGAACAGCUACAUUAAUGUCAAGCAUAACCACUAACCUUUCUAUUACAAAAAGUAACAUUUUUGUAUGUAUUCUCAUUUUAUAUUCAAUGUAAUGCUGUCAUAGAGAUUAAAGGGGCCAAG